AUGACAAAAGAGCAGGUACUGAACGGUGACAAUAGAGGUAUGUUGGUUACUAAUGAAGAAUGCGUAAACAACCAAGUACUAACACUUUAUAAAGUUCACAAAGACUUCAGCGAAAUAUUACCCGAUUUGUUUACAGUCUUUCAACAUACCAACAAUGACAUAGUAAGUGAAGAGACAUUGCCCAAGGAUUUUUACGAGCCCGAUCCGGCAGCUAUAAUUGCCUCGUUAAAGGCAAUAGAUUCAAAGGAUUUUACAAGCAUAUUACACCAGUAUCAAGCGGGAACAUACAAUUCAUCGCCAUAUAGGUUGUAUCACGAUAUCAAAGCUGUUGCAUCAGCUUUAUUAGAGAAGGAAGAUUAUGGGUCAGAAUAUUACAAGGAGGUCGAUUUCUUUUACAAGUUUUCUACAGAAUUGCUCUUGAGAGAGGUGGGCACAAUAAUCCAAAGUAAGUCAAACCCAUCAAAUGAAAUUGCAAACGAGCUCGAGACUCAACUUGAUGACGACUUCAACAAGAUUUUGACUACAUACACGCUUGCUAAUGGAGAGGUGGUGACUUAUGUAUCAAAAACAGAGGAGCAAGAUUACCAAAACCAUACUAAUAUAUAUAAUCCACAUCACCCACCUCCGAUAAAGCAAAAGAUACAACCAGUGUUUUCCUCAAUAAUAUCCAAAUCAAGCUUAGAUACAAGCCCUACUUUGGUUGCCGAACCAUUUACUGUAACAAAAGUUGUACCUACUAUAAAGGAUUCGAACUCGCAUAGCUUGUUGGAAAAUAUUUCACCCUCAAGUGCUACAAUUCCCCCGCCAUUGGAAGGACCAACCAACAUUCUACAUGACUUUUUCCACCCAACAUGGUACACUGUUGCCAUGCCAAAUUGGUUGACCUACAAAGCGUUGAGUUUGAGGCCUAGUCUUGAACUACCACAGUACGCAGACCUACCAAUCGCCUCCGAUGAACCUCCCACUUUGAAUUUAUUGCGAAACCACGGCAUUGACAAAGGAAAUGCAAGAUCGUCUUGGGGCCUGGGCCAUAGCUACCAAUCGUUUGCCCCAAAUAGGGAUAGCAAAGGAGCCGUCGUUUCGGAUAAACUCAAAGCCAAUAUAUGGUUGAAUCACAUCGGGCUUGCUGAGAUUGAGGAGCUAAAGAAAAAUUUCAUCAAUGAUGGUGAUGCUAUUGACGAGGAUACAGAGGUAGAAGAUGUAGAAACCACAGAACCUGAAGCCAUAAAACCAUUACCAAAUGGACAGGAAGAAGAGUUUAAGCUCGAAGAUAUUGACGAAGAAAAUGGCGAUGCGAAGGAUGAAAAUCAAGAUAAUAAAGAGCAACCAGAAAUAAGUUUGACGAAUUUGAUAAAAUGGGACCCAUCGGAGAUAAGAGGUUUAAAGUUUUUGAAAGCACACCGUGAGGAUUUGUUGAACCCCUCAAAGCUACAACGUUUAAUCUCGAGCGCUUUAUUGAAACUCAACCAAUUACGCCAAGAGAGAUAUUUCAAAAGUGACGUCCAUAACCUUCUCGCCCCUAAUGACGAAGAAAAACAGUUGUACAAGUGCAUACAACUGUUGAUAUCAAUAGCUAUCAAGUUGUACAAUAUUGGACCAAAUAGUUUUGGAUUCAAGGUCAGCAAUAAGAUCCCAACCUUAGUCAGCGAGUACAAUGGAACGUUACCGGGCAUGCCUUCAUCGCGUUCCUUAAUUGGUUCCGGACUGCAAAUCACUGCGGAUCAUCUCACAAGGCCCGGUAGAUUGCCCAACUUGAGAUCAUCAGCUACUCGAGGAAGAAAAAGACUCCACCACUAA